AUGGUCUACACAGGCAAGCCAAGUCGCGGAUGCGGCAUGUGUAAGAGCCGCAGGAUCAAGUGCGACGAGAAACGACCGACGUGUGGGAACUGCAAGAAAUCCGGGCGUGACUGCCCCGGGUACCCGGAUGAGUUUGACCUAGUCUUCCGAGACGAGAACAAGGCUAUGGCGAGAAAGGCAAGGAAGACCUCUGGUCCAACGCCUGCAAGAUGUAGUCCUGGAGGCUCGAGCUCGCAACCUUCUCCAGAUCAUCUAGAUCAACAGCUCAUACUUAUACCACAAUAUCCGGAGGCACUAUCAUCACAAGGCCUUUUCGACAACUGGCUAUGGAAUCUCGACCAAGUCCCACAGUCCAUCGUCAUGGCCCCAGACUACGAGGCAGUGACGUUCUUCUUCAAAAACUUCAUUACACUUCCGCAACAAGCAGAGAGCACAAGAGGAUACCUCGAGUUCCUUGUUCCUCUCUACAACCAAGCACUACCAUCAUCGGUGCUACACCUGGCCACAAGUGCUGUUGCCAUGGCGGCUUGCGGUCAGUAUCCUGGCAGGGAAGCUUUGGUUGGCGAGGCUGUCAAAACAUACGGUAGGGCUAUUCGAAAGCUCAACAGCGAUCUCAAGGACCCUGUGAUGAGCAAAUCCAACGAGACAGUGCUCGCCGUCUUGAUGUUCUCGCUAUACGAGACCAUCAUGUCAACGGACGACACAAUCACCGCCUGGGGAAACCAUGUCGACGGAGCUGUUGCCCUCACCAAAAUGCGCGGCACUGAUCAAUUCAGCGACCCCAUGUCGCACGCCAUGUUCCGCGCCGUGCGCACCAUGAUGAUCACCUCGUGCGUUCAGCGCUCGAAGCCCAUCGACUCGUUCCCCGGUCAGAAAGGCUGGAUUGGCGAAUCCGAUAUCGCGGAGGAGAACGCCGCAAACAGACUGACGCUGAUAUGCAUCGACUUGCCGAACUUGCGGGCGCGCGCUAACAGAUUGACAAGCACGCUCUACGACGCGGCGGAGGAACUGGAAGCGCGGCAGAUUAUCGAUUUUGCGCAGCUUGUGGACGGGAAUCUGGAAGAGUGGUAUCGCACACUGCCGCCGGAAUGGAAGCAUCGAAUCAUCGGCGUGGAAAGCACGAUUCCCGGGGAUAUUGCCAACGCGGAGAAGUGGCCGGGCGAGCAGCAUGCGUACCAUGAUGUGCCGCUCGCGUCCAUUAUGAACGAUUACCGGGUCUGUCGCAUCUUCUGCAGGCGCGUAAUGAUCGCGUGCCUGGACUGGCUGGGAUACGGCGGUCUAGAAGACCCCGCUACGUAUAGGAUGAGCGUAUUCGUUGUGCAACAGAUGGUGGAUGAGCUGAGCGCUUGUGUACCAUUCCAUCUGGACUAUGAGUUGCAGCCGCUGGCUAAGGAGACAGGGCAGGAGCAGUAUGCCGCUGAAGCCUUCGGGGGCUACUCCCUCGUAUGGCCACUCUACGUCGCCGCGAACGCAGACACAGUGCCCCAACUUCAGCGCGAUUGGCUGCUUGGGCGGCUAAGCGUCAUCGGGACCAAAUUUGGACUGAGCAGCGCGCAGGUCCUAGUACUAGCCAGGCGACAUGUGCUGACGUGCGGGCCCAUGUUCCCUUAA